CAAACAGGGCUCUCAGCUUCUGCGUUCCAGCCCCUCUGUGGGAGGAGAGAAGGGCAGGACCACAAGCCUGCCAGAGGCUGCGGCCUGCAGUCAGGAGGAAAGGCCAACCCGACACAGGACAGAAGGGAGCCAGGUGAGCCAGGCUGCGGGGCGGGGACAGACCGGGAGACUCCAGAGGACGCGGCACCCUCGCUAUGACCUUGUCCACAGCUCCGAGGGACCCAGGGCAAGUCUUCCUCUACUGGGCACCCCUGCAAACCAGGCCCUGCACUAAGUGUCAGGGUAACAGCGUGACAGUGACAAAGAUCACGGCCCUCUUGCAGUUUCCGUGUUAGUAGCGGGAAGACAGAAGUAAAGAAAAACAUAUGAAAUGACCUCGAAUGUCAGAAGAGGGCAACUGAAAAGAGAAAAAGGAGAGCCCAGUGAGGACAGGGAACGCUGGGGGUGGGGGGUUGCGGGUUUAAAGAGGGCCUCUUUCAGGUUAAAUGAGGCUCAAUGCAAAAAGCAAUAGUGACAUCUGAAGAAAGGGGUUCUGGGCAGGGGGAGCAGCCCCAGCAAAAGCUGGCGGUGGCAGGAAGGCUUGGGGCAUUCAGAACAGCAAGAAGGCGGGGGCAGCAGCGGAAGGAGAGGUAGGGCAGGAAGAGAAGAGCCGCACUGGACUCCCGGGGGCAGAGGAUGGGGGCCCCUUGCCAGCACCCCCACUGCCUGCUAGGGGUAUUGGUUUGAAAGCCUGCAUAUGAAUCUCACUUGCUACAUGUGGCUGCAUGAUGUUAUAAAGUCUCCUCCCUUUCCAAGGCCCACGUCCUCUCCAUAAAAUGGUAAUAACAGUAGUGCAUCUGUCAGGUUGAGGUAAGGCAGGAAGGGGAUGAAAAGCAUGGUAACCUGUGGGAAAGAUGUGCAGAAUGGCUGCUGCAAGCUCAGAAAUGCAGAGCUGGCCUCCUAGGCCUUGUAGGAAGAACAUGUAAGUAAAUAAGAACUUGUUACUAACACUAAGAACACCCAGGGGGCCAUGGAGCUGGACCCAGACCUUGCCGAGAGGGAGCAGCAGGGGCAAAGGGUAGGAAGAGAGAGUAGAGGCCAGCGAUGAGGGCAGUAAGUUGCCACAGGAGAGAGGCGAGCACAGUGGGAGGCGGGUAGACACAGCAAGGACUCCACUCCACAAACAGUGGGCCCCAAGGAGCAAACUCCAAGCCAGAGAGGAAAACAACGUGAUUUGCAAGACUUCACCUAGCAGCUGGGAGAACAGACAAGAGGGACACUGAGGCCAAGUAAGAGAUGACAGUGGCCUGGGUGCUAGCCAAGGAGACAUAAGAGCAGAUAGACUCAAGAGACCUGUGAAGUGGGAUGGACCGCACCUCAAGGUUACCUCACUGUGGAAAAGUGGGGGCUUCUCAGAGGCCAAGCAUUUAUUGUGAAGGAGGCAGGGGUUUUAGGGGAACAUUCACAAGCAGGGAGCAGGCUUCCACCCUCAGUUCCACAAAACACCUGCAGGGCUCAUAGAAAUGAGGCUGGAUGAUCCCAGAACUUACGAGCAACUGAAUGAUACCAAGGUGCUCCUAGUCACUCUCCACAGUGGAGCUGCAGUGUGGACAAAGCAUGUGCUUUGUGGUGAGACCCCAUCCACCUCCUGGCCAUCUCCAGCUGCGUGGCUAGGGGCCACUCAACCUCUCCAGGAUUGAUUUCUUCAGGUGUAAACUUCACUGACUUUUUGUGAAGACUGCCCAAGGCAAUGCAGGUAACACAAACUGCAGUGGAUAGAGCCCAGUCUUUGGGGUCAGGCACUGUCCAAUCUUGGUUAACAAGUAUUGAACAAACAGGUACCGAGCAAUGACUGCAUACCAUGUCCACCAUGCACACAGUGCCUGGUCCACAGCAAGCAUCCACAGGGCGAGUGUGGAAGUGGCGUGGCAUUCAGGCACUUCCUCUCACACACAGGUUUUUUGCACUGCCCAAGAUCAGAGCAGACCCUCGGAGCAGCCAGGUUGGAAGUGUCUCUCCUCAGUCACCAGGCAGAUCCAGGAUAGGAUGGGCAGCCCAGUGCACCGAGUAUCACUGGGGGAUACCUGGAGCAGACAAAUGCACCCCGACAUAGAGAGUGAGAGGCAUAUGCAGUCCUUUGACGUGGAACGGCUCACCAACAUCCUUGAUGGAGGUGCCCAGAACACUGCGCUCCGGAGGAAAGUUGAGAGCAUCAUCCACAGUUAUCCAGAGUUUAGCCGUAAGGACGAUUAUUUCAUGACCCAGAAUGAGCGUUAUAAGGCUGCCAUGCGGAGGGCAUUCCACAUCCGAUUGACAGCACAGCGCCUGGGUUGGUUGGCAGAUGGUCCUGAAUUAGGCUAUGCUUACAGAGCCAUUUCUGGAGAUGUGGCCUUAAAUAUACACAGAGUCUUUGUGAAAGCCCUCAGGAGUCUGGGCACAGAGGAGCAGAUUGCCAAAUGGGACCCACUCUGCAAAAACAUCCAGAUCAUCACAACAUAUGCUCAGACAGAACUGGGACAUGGGACAUACCUUCAGGGCCUGGAGACUGAAGCUACCUAUGACGCAGCCACCCAGGAGUUUGUAAUACACAGCCCCACGCUGACUGCCACCAAAUGGUGGCCUGGAGACUUGGGACGGUCAGCCACCCACGCCCUGGUCCAGGCCCAGCUGAUCUGCUCAGGAGCCCGGCGGGGCAUGCACGCUUUUAUUGUGCCCAUCCGGAGUCUUCAGGACCACACCCCCCUGCCAGGAAUCAUCGUUGGGGACAUCGGGCCCAAGAUGGACUUUGAUCAAACGGACAAUGGCUUUCUGCAGCUGAACCAUGUGCGGGUCCCCAGGGAGAACAUGCUAAGUCGCUUUGCACAGGUCUUGCCAGAUGGCACCUACGUCAAACUCGGAACAGCACAGAGCAACUACCUUCCCAUGGUGGUGGUGCGGGUGGAGCUGCUGCUGGGGGAGAUCCUCCCUCUAUUGCAGAAGGCCUGUGUCAUCGCCAUGCGCUACUCAGUCAUCCGCCGCCAAUCCCAGCUCCGGCCCAGUGACCAAGAGGCAAAGGUCCUGGACUACCAGACGCAGCAACAGAAGCUCUUUCCUCAGCUGGCCAUCAGUUAUGCCUUCCAUUUCCUGGCAGUCAGCCUCUUGGAGUUCUUCCAGCGCUCCUACAGUGCCAUUCUGAACAGGGACUUCAGCAUCCUGCCUGAGCUCCAUGCACUGAGCACAGGCAUGAAGGCCAUGAUGUCAGACUUCUGCACCCAGGGGGCUGAGAUGUGCCGCAGGGCCUGUGGCGGACAUGGCUACUCCAAGCUGAGUGGCCUGCCAUCACUGGUCACCAAAGUGUCCGCCUCUUGCACCUAUGAGGGUGAGAACACAGUGCUCUACCUGCAGGUGGCCAGGUUUCUGGUGAAGAACUACCUGCAGACUCAGAUGUCCGCUGGCUCCGCGCAACAGAGAUCUCUCCCUCCAUCUGUCGCCUAUCUCACAGCACCUGUCCUGGCCAGGUGUCCAGCCCAGAGGGCAGCUGACUUCCUCUGCCCAGAGCUCUACACCACGGCCUGGGCACACGUGGCAGCAAGGCUGAUAAAGGACUCAGUGCACCAUUUACAGACCCUGACGCAAUCCGGAGCUGACCAGCACGAGGCCUGGAACCAGACCACUGUCAUACACCUCCAGGCUGCUAAGGAACCACAGCCUCCCAUCAUCCACUCAUCCAUUUUCCGUGAAACCUAUGGCCUGACUUCAAAUGGACCAGAUGCUGCUUGCCAGGGUUACUUCAUUGAAUCCACACAACCCAGGGAGGGAGACUGACGUCAUCUCCACUUCAAGGGUGAGGAAAGAGAACUCAGGAGUUAGGUCCCAGAGGUAGGAAAUGGCUGAGUCCAGAUGCUUUUCCUUCCCACACCACCAAGGGUGUGAUGAGUGACAGAGGUGAGCCUGCGGGGGAAGAACACAUCCCUGACAGUUUCCUCGAGAGGUGGUGCCCCAGCUAAUUCUCCAAGGUCAUAAAUGGAUAGGGCUUUCUGUACUCUCUGUGCUUUGUGAGGUUAUCUAGUCUACAGAAAGCUUCAGCACUCAACAGGGCCCCAUCUGGAAACCAUAAAUGUGCAGGUAGAGAUAACCGCAAUUUGGGGGAAGGGGGGAUGAUACUGACAGAAAAGUAGACAAGGGGGAGCCACAGGCUAAAUUCCGGUCCCAGUUCUGUGUGACCUCAAGCACCCCCUCCCUCUCUGGCUUUAACUUCCCUGUCUGUAAACAAAGGGGCAUGGAAGAGCCCUUUAGACUCUGACAGGCUCUGAUCCUAUAAUUCGGACUGACCAGAAGAGAUGUCAGUCCCCAGGACGACAGGAACAAAUGCUGGCCUCAUUAUAAUCCAGCUGCUCUCCUGUGGCUUUGGCCACACAGGGUUAGGAAUACAGCCCUGGUGUGGAUCUCACUGCCACCACUUUCUAGCUAUCAGCUUGGGCAAAAAACUUCUCAGAGCCUCAGUCUCUUCAUCUGCAAGAUGGAACUAAUAACAGUACCUACUUUGUAGGAUUCUGAUGAUGACUAAAUGAGUUAACACAUGUAAAAUGUGAGAGGCAGCUAGCAUGUAAGUGCUAUAUAUCGCACCCCUACACCCAAAUUAGACAGGAGGCAAGAUUUCAACCAACACACACAAUGUAAAUAAUGUUCACUGUGCUCAGAGCAUGGGGCCAAGGUUCGGCUCAGCCCUUCCCCAAAGCGUAAAGGUCACCUCUGUCUCUGAUCCUUAUCCUGCUUAAGGCAGAGACCCAGACCCUUGGGCAGCUCUCCAUCACUCUACCCCUCAACUCAGACGCUUGAGCAUUUGAGGAUGUGGCUCUCGGGUUAGGAUAGGAAAAGGAGUGUGGGUCUACAGUUCUGCCAAGCUGGACCCAGUCUGAGCAGCAAUGGCUAAUGGAGCCAGCAGAGGCAACGUAGCACAUCUGCUCACCUCCCACAGCCAAAUGCUGCAAGCUCAGCAGGCUGUGAGCACACCAUGUCUGCAUGGCACAGUGGAGUAGUCAGCACCUGUGUGAGAGCCCCUAGGAAACACAGGUUCUUUCCAAGUGAGGAAAACGAAUCGGGUCACUGUCCUGCUGAAGACUCCUGGUCCCACAGAACAAAUCCAGACCCUGUCAUUCACAGCCCUUCACUGACCUGGGCCCCAGGUAUGGGUCCACCCUAACCUCCACAGUUCCCCAUCAUCACCUCAUUAUACCCCCACACUUCAGCCUCAUUAAAUUGCCUGUAGAUUCCUGAAAGUACAGUCUUUUGCACAAAAUGUUCACCCUGCCUGGAAUGACCUUUCCCCCAAUUCACGUCCCAUUGGGUGAACUCCUUUGAAACCCCAAGAUGCUUUUUUUUUUUUUUUUUUUUAAGACAGGGUCUCACUCUGUCACCCAGGCUGGAGUGCAGUGGCGCCAUCUCAACUCACUGCAACCUCUACCUCCCAGGCACAAGCGAUUCUUGUGCCUCAGCCUCCCAAGUAACCAGAAUUACAGGUGUGCACCAACACACCUGGCUAAUUUUUGUAUUUUUUAGAGGCAGGGUUUCGCCAUGUUGGCCAGGCUGGUCUUGAACUCCUGACCUCAAGUGAUCCACCCACCUCAGCUUCCCAAAGUGCUGGGAUUACAGGUAUGAGCCACAGUGUCCAGCCAAUCCCCCGCAAAACACUCUAAGUCUUGCUACUGAAAAUCACUACAGCAGCACGGGCAUCACAGGGGACCUCAUUAGAAAUGCACAGUCUUAGGUGAGGCGCAGUGGCUCAUGCUUGUAAUCCCAGCACUUUGGGAGGCUGAGGCAGGCAGAUCACCUGAGGUCAGGAGUUCGAGAGCAGCCUGACCAACAUGGAGAAACCCCUCUCUAGUAAAAAAUACAAAAUUAUUUGGGCGUGGUGGUGGAUGCCUAUAAUCCCAGCUACUCAGGAGACUGAGACAGGAGAAUCACUUGAACUCAGGAGGUGGAGGUUGCGGUGAGCCAAGAUCGCACCAUUGCACUCCAGCCUGGGCAACAAGAACGAAACUCCAUAUCAAAAAAAGAAAUGCACAGUCUUAACCCCUGCCUUGGAAUCUGCAUUUUGACAAGAUCCCCAGGUGAUCUAUAUGCACACAAAAAACUGAGAAGCUGGCUGGGUCCAGAGACUCAUGCCUGUCAUCCCAGCACUUUGGGAAGCCAAGGAAGGAGCAUCACUUGAGCUCAGGAGUCCAAGAUCAGUGUGGGCAACAUGACAAGACCCUUAUCUCUACUAAAAAUACAAAAAAAAAAAAAUAGCCUGGCAUGGUGGUAUGUGCCUGUGGCCCCAACUACUCGGGAGGCUGAGGUGGGAGAAUUGCUUGAGCCCAGCGGGGCAGACGUUGCAGUGAGUGGAGAUCACAGCACUGUAAUUCAGCCUGGGUGACAGAGUGAGAUUCUAUCUCAAAAAUAAAAAGUAAAAUUAUGAAGCACUGCUUUACACUCUCUCUAUUCCUCGCUCUCCCUUGUGGAACUCAUAUAUCCUACCUGACAAAAUAAUUACAUGUGCUUGUCUUGACGAGAUGGGGACUGUUCAAAAUAUUAACAACUCACAGGACAAGGCAACCGAUCAACUGGACUUCAGGCCUAGGGGAAGCAACGUCCUGAAGGCCUUCUGCUGGGUCAAGCAUUAGUUGCUGGGCUGUGGAGGGAAGGAGGGGGUCUUCGGGAAGGAGCCCAUCUGGCAGGAGGAGCUCUCACAGGGUUGAUGGCAGUGGACACUUGCCAACUGGUAUUAAAGUAUUAUUUUAACAACUGACACAGCCAGACCAUUACAUAUGCACUAAAUAACAGCACUGCUUACCUUAAGAAGUUUAUACUCUGGCUGGGAUAAAUUUCAUAUACAUCUU